AUGCCUCGUGGUCAAAAAAGUAAGCUGCGUGCUCGUGAGAAACGCAACAAGGCUAGAAGUGAGUCUCGAGGUCCACAGACCACUACUGCAGCUGAAGAGGAAGAGAUCCCUUCUUCUUCCUCUCUUACUGGAGCUGAAGCUGCUGCUGCUGCUGCUGCUGCUGAAAUGCCAAGCACUUCCCAGGCACUUCCCAACACUGUGAGUCCAAGUGUAUCCAUUAUAGAUCAGAAAGCUAUCUUGCUGGUGCAGUUCAUCAUACGCAAAUAUAACAUGGGAGAGCUUAUAACAAAGUUAGAUAUGAUCAGGUUUGUCAUCAAAAAGGAUAAGGCACAUUUCAAUGAGAUUCUCAAGAAAGCCUCAGAACUGAUGGUGCUGGCUUUUGGGAUUGAUGUGAAGGAAACUGACCCAAUCAGGCACUACUAUAUUCUUGUCAGCAAAUUACAUCCUAUCUGUGAUGCGAGGCUGAGUGGUGAGAUUAUGCCGAGAAAUGGCCUCUUGAUGACCAUCCUAUGUGUCAUAUUCAUGAAAGGAAAUUGUGCCCAAGAAGAGGAUGUCUGGAAAGUGCUUAAUGCGAUGGGGAUUCAUGAUGAAGCAAAUCACUUUGCCUAUGGAAAUGUCAAGAAGGUCAUCACCGAAGAUCUGGUGCAAGAAAGAUAUUUAGAAUACCAGCAAGUACCUGACAGUGAUCCCCCACGCUAUCAAUUCCUCUGGGGUCCUCGAGCUCAUAUUGAAACAAGCAAGAUGAGAGUGCUUGAAUUUCUGGCUAUGACACACAAUACCACUCCUAGUGCCUUUUCAUCCUGGUAUGAAGAUGCUUUGAAAGAUGAAGAAGAACGAUCCCAAACAAGAUUGGCAGUUAUACUUCUUACUAGUUUCUUAGCCCUUGCACGCUCCAACAACUUCGCCCAACAACAAUAA